AUGUUAUGCAAUAAUGAGAUAUUUUGGUCUCCUUCAUAUAAAGAUAUAUUUGUUGUAUAUGGCGAUACAUAUUCAACAGUUGAUCAGCAAUUAAAUUGUGAUCUGAUAUGGUCUAAUAAUGAAUUUCCAUAUAUCAAAGCGAUGGAUUGGAAAAAUAAUGGAAUGGUCUGUAUUGGUAGAACAACUGGCUAUUUAGCAACUUCUCAUGUGAAGCAUAAAUAUGAUUAUUCUUUGUCAAUAUGGGACAUUAAUAAACUUCAUAAUAGUAACUCAACAUCCAACACUAAGGAUCCUAAUAAAUGCCCUUCAAUACCUAUAUUUAAUGCAUGUUUAGGAGAAACUGUUUCCUCAUUGCAAUGGAUUCCGAAUGCCAACAAUUCCUUAAUGAUUGGAUUAAAUUACAAAAAUCUGAAAGUCAUCGAUACUAGAAUUAGUAAACCUAAAAGUUCUAGUUCUUCUUCGAACACGAGUGCAUCAACCAAAGCUGUCUUUAAUAUCCAAUUCGAUCCCUUCAACCCGCACCAAUUUUCUUCCGUAUUCGAGAAUAAGCUGUACUUAUGGGACACCCGACGUUUGGAAACACAAAUCAGCUCUUAUACGAUAAAUAACAUCAGGCCUAUUCACAAAAUAUCGUGGUCCCCGAACAGGCAAAACCUGAUAGCCAUUUUGCUCGAUGAAUCUCGUGUCGUUUACUUUUUAGACAUCAAUACUACUCCAGACGCCGCUAACUUCGAAAUAUACGAAAAAACUUGCAGUAACAAUGAUGGAAUCAUUGCAUCUUUUAGUUGGUACAAUAUGGAUCCAUCUUCUAGUCCUAAUCCUACUCAAACUUUGCUUACCUUAAGCGAUCAGCAUGACGAUCAAAACGAUAAACUCUUUUGCAACAUUACUUUUCACGAAAAAUUAGCUAUGGAUUACUCCAUAAACUAUGAAAUGGUUGUUGGUUCGAUGGGGUCUUCGCUUUAUAAUUUUACCGGACUUUCUAUAGACGAUAACUUUUAUCGGGAUAUUUGUAUCAACGAAGAUUUUUGCCAAAAAGUCAUAAGAGAUUCAAAACUUUUCCCACUAUACAAUACUCGGGAAUUGUCGGAAUCGAAUAUCGCACACCUUAAAAUAUUCGAUUUUCCAGAAGGAGUCGAUAAAAUCACCAGCAUAAAUGAUAUAGCGAACCAUAUGAAUAACGAAAACCAAAAUAACGCGGACAAUUAUGGGGAUGCUAACGAUAGCGAAUCAGAGGGAAAUAAUAUUAAAGAAUUUACCACAUUUUCCGAACUUAAAAGAUACGAUGACCCAUUAAGAAAUAGGGCUUUGACACUUUGCGAUUGGCAAUUCUGGAUGCGCGAUAAAACAUUUUACAGUUACCUUGAAAACUUAAUUAAUCAAGAUAGCAACGAAAAUUUGGUAGACUUAUGCAGGGCUAUUCUACUAUACGUUCUUCGAGGUAACGUCGAAUCAACUAUAGCUUUACUGACGAAAAAGUUUAUUGAAAUUGGAAAUUACUUAACGUCACCCAUGUUAAUUGGAAUAUUGAGUGGAUUUAAUCGUUCCAAUACCAGUCCAUUGUGGGUUAAUAAUGUCAACUCUACACUGAAAACGCUAGAAAAAAUGAUUGACAUAUCCGAUAUAUCAAGUGAUAUUAACAACAAAACGAUUCCUGAUGUUGAAAUUACCUCUGAUAAAAUAGGUCUAUCCUACCUUUCUUUAUCCCUAAAAUUCUUGCUACUUCAAACUGGUAUUGCUGAUGAAUCGAAGUUAGACGUGGACCAUCGCAGCAUUGAGUAUUUGGAUUUGGAUUGUUUUCCAUACAUCAAGUUCGAAGACAGGAUAGCUAUAGCGUUUAUCUACUUUUCUCACAAAAAGCUCAGUCUAUACAUGGCGAAACUCACGGAUAUUAUCAUCUUAGAAGGAGAGAUUAAAGGCAUCCUAUUAUUGGGCUUAGGUACCUCGGAAGAAGAGGAUUGCGAGGAUAUGUAUCACAAAAACAAAAAUUGGUUAAAAUUGCUGCAAAAUUUUGUAAAUAGAACUAACGACAUUACCAUUCCCAUAGCUUUGAUUAUGCAUUCCAAGGUUGCCGAUCUCGUGAGAAGCCAAACAUUUCUGAAUUGGGUUAAUAGUUAUAGAGCGUACUUGGAUCGAGGUCAGCUUUGGGAAAAGAGAGCUGAGUUUGAUAUAUAUUUUUACAAGAUGUGCGAAAAUUUUAUCUAUCCACCAGAUUUUCAAAUUUUCGUAAACUGCAAUUUUUGCGGCAGAUCCUUAUCUACUUCCUUCUCUCCGGAGGAACAUAUAUCCCAAAUCGACCUACAAAAUGAUAGCGAGAACCGGGCUAAUUCACCUAGCGAUUCUUUUAACCGUACUAAUUUAUUUUCUCGUCCUAUCCCUGCCGUUUCGACUUACAGUGUUAUGCCUAACCCGAAUCAAAUCCCUAAUCUGAGAAAAAAGACUAACAAUUGCCCCCAUUGCAAUAAACCCCUACCAAGAUGCUCUAUAUGCUUAGCUAAUCUCGAUUAUGGGACCUUAAAUCCAAACUCCGCACCAACAGUUACCAACAUAAAUUUCAGAACACAAACAAAUAUCGAUGAUGAUGAUAGUAGGAUACCUACUAGGAUCAGAGGUCAAGAUGCGACAUUCGAUACUAAUGCCGGAGAGAAUAUUAUAGAUCCCGCAAAAAGUCACAAAAUGAACGCUUUAAAGGAAUGGUUUUGCUGGUGUCAAUCAUGUCAUCACGGUGGGCAUUCAUCCCAUAUGCUCGAAUGGUUUAGUUAUAAUGAAGAAUGCCCAAUCACAGGCUGCCGUUGCUUAUGCUUUGCCGAACGAUAAAUUUUGCCAUUUUUUUUUUACAAUUUCCACAUAAUUUUAUGUAUUUUAAAUCAUAGAACGACU